AUUUGACCUUUUCUUUCUUGAGAACUAUAAUAAUCUGCAUGUUAACCACAUAUAGUGUGACCUUGGGCACCGUUGGUUAUAUGCCGAUAACCUCGUUUUACCAAAUCACAGAUACGUUUGUAAGAAUUGUCAGAGGCACUGUUGCAAGUUGAAUACAAUUUUAUUAAAUUCUAAAGUUCCUAUGGGCAAAUCAGUUUCAGUAUAAAAAAGUUCCACCUUUAAAGUAGGGGUCCAUGCUGACCCUGGAAUCCUUAUAGCUGAGAAUCAGUUAAAACCCAAUUAAGCUAGACUGCUUGGGGAGGAAUAAUAAAGAAAAAGACAAAAUACAACUAAAUGCACCCAAGUGGCCCCCAACAAAAACACACUCACACCACAAGCCCUGGUAAAUACAACAAAAGAAAGACUCCCCUUCCCCUAGUCUCCUCAAUCUAAAUAAAAACAGCUCAGGAACCAGGGACAGCGUAGGUCCCUUAGUUUAAAACCACACAGAGGACUUAGCAAUAAAAACUCCCCCUCCUUCAAUGAAAGGCUAAAAUCUAUUAAUAAAAAAAAGAAAGAUUCUAGAGUGAAACCAUAAUUAAAAUAGCUAAAACAGUAAUUAAAACAAUGGCUGAAACAGUAGCAGGUCAAUGCUCUCUGCAGUAAAACCUGUCUGGAAUAAAGCUGCCGCCGCGGUGCAUUCUGAGACGGUCAGUCUGAAGAAUGCAAAAAAAAAGUAUCCUUCCAUCAAACUCAAACCACGCCCACAUUCCAAAGUGACAGCCGGAAGACCCGCCUUCCACUUCUGCCGGAAGACCCGCCUUCCACUUCCGGCGGAAGACCCGCCUUCCUUAACCGGAAGUCCCACCUUCCACUGUAACCGGAUGUUCCGCCUUCUACCUGCAGGGGGCCCACCCCCACAUCCGGAGUUCGCGCCCAUCCCCCACAUCCGGAGUUCACACCAAUCCCCCACUACUAGCCCAAGGGCGUCAGGAAGAACCAACGUUGAACCCGUCAUUGCUGAGACACCCGUCACGAUUUGCCAUGAUCAGAGCGAUUUAUGGCAGGCUCAGCAUACCCAUCACAAGGCUUCGCUGUUUUUAUGCAGAACUCAGAUACCACCGAGUCUGCCUUUGCAAGAAUGGUCUUUGGAACCCUAUGGAGCCCGCGGUAAAUGGGGGUAUGUCUUCAGAUAUGAAUCCGGGGAAAUGUACCUCUAUCAAUUGGAUCAUGAAGGUGACGAGCUGCAGACUAUCCACUCCUUGGGCAUGCUGACAUCAAAUGAUUGGGCUGUUCUGAAACUCAUCAUGCUUCGCAGACUAGGCCCUGAAGAAGCGAAUGCAGCAGCAGGCCCUUCUGCAAUACAAGAAGCCGAGGACGGAAUCACGGAUUCGCCCGUCUCUAGGCGCUCCAAGCACGCGCGUCAUGAAACUGAGGAAGGAAUCAUGGAUUCACCCGUCUCUAGGUGCUCCAAGCACGCGCGUCAAGAAACCGGGGAUGGGGUCAAGGAUUUACCCGCCGCUAAGCGUUACAAACAAGUGCUGACCAACCUGAAUGAAAUUGACGAGGAUUCUGGAAAUAGGAUCUUCUCAGCUACUUGGCAGUCAAAGACCGGGGUUACAGGCCGCUGGUUUUUCCAUGCAAGUCUCAGAAAGGCUCAAGAUAAAACACAGACGGUUAUGUUCAUGCUGGACUAUUAUAAUUCUCAAUGCGGUGUCUUCAGGACAUUGCUAACCAUUCCCUUUGAUGCCUGGCGUGAUAAGAUGAUCGGAAUAUCAGACAGGAUUUCAACGCUGUUUCGUGACUGUCGCAACUGGAGAGACAUUUUGGGGGUCAAGAAAGCGCUCGCUUUUUAGACCCGCCCCUCACAACAGCCAAUACCGCCCCUUCAACAUCAACCACGCCCUUCUCAGUAUAUAAAAAGCAACCAGGCAUGCCGAUCGGGACUCUGUGCAACUUUGCUGACCGGACUUCUAACAUCUGAAACCAUGAGGAAGGACGCGGGCAGCGGUUUGACAUUCUGCGGGCGGGAUGGCUCACCUACUCCACAGCCAUCUCCUUCAAGCGAUUCAAAUGCUUCAUCUUCAGCGCAGCAUGGGUCUCCGGACGGCGACAAAUUCUACCCAGAGCUGUACCACCUUCCUUGACCCACAUCCUCACCAACUCCUGAAUCGUCUUCUGCCCUAAGUGACGGUGGGAGCGAAAAUAUCGUCACGGCUCUGAAGGCGCACAGUAUCGACUGGUCCAAGCCCCCUGCCGGAGGCACGAACCUACACCGAGAGGUCUUUGUUUUAUGGGAUAAGAAUUCCGGGCUUACUGCCAUGCCACAUCAGAUGGCGACCCAGGACGGAGAUUCACAAACCACGAAUCUUCCAGCCUCCCCGGCCCCUUCGCUGCCUGAGGACACGCAGCUCCCUGACGACCAUGGAGAUCCAGCCUCCCCGGCACUUUCGCAGGAUUCACAGCUACCCUGCGGGCAGGGUGAUCCGGCCUCCCCGGAGCCAUUGCAGCCUGAAAACUCGCAACUUUCCCCCACCCAUGGAGAGGCCGACACCGGGGCCGAUGAAUAUGGAUUCAUUUCGGUUUCAUCAGAGCUGUGAAAACUGUGGUGUACCAUCUUUUGCACCAAGCCAUCAACAAGUUUAUGCACGAUAAAUGUUAUGGGUGUGCUCAUGAUCGUCCAAGUUUGAGAGACCAUGAAUGCCUUGACGAUAUUGAGGACGGGUUCUUUGAAAGCAACUACUACCGUAUAAUGCCGAUGCUUUGUAAUGAGCGCUUCAUUGGAGCCAUUUAACAUUUUCUAGCCACACGCAACAUCCACCAAGACAAUGACGCAGUCAGUGCUGUCGCACAAGCAUAUCUGUACGAAUUGACGCUGGUCAAGCAGGUGUAUGACCCCCUCAAUGUUGCGUUUGGUCUGGCCAUUGAAGAAAGCUCUCAAUUCAGAGAUCAGCUUCUAGCCGACUUUGAUUACUAGCGGGGGCGUUGAAACCACAGCAUGCAUGUUUUCUCUAGUGUUUUUAUAUAUUAAAUUAGUUUGUGACAUCGUAUUAAAAGAAUGUCCUUGCAAUGUAUCUGUUUUAUUUUUACAUCUUUUGUAUAUAAAAAAAUAUUUUUUACAAUUACUUUGUGGUAUAAUAAAUUAAUGAAAUUUCUUUCCUUAUUAUGUUAAUAAAAAAUUAAAAAAAAAAACUGAAUACAGGCGUCUUUUCCUUCAUUUAGCAUCACUACAUGUGUGUGGUAAGGUAUGGCUGAAGAAAAGUUAAUGAAACGUGUAUAUUACACACCUGCUCACCCUGGUUCUUUUGGCGGAGUAGAUAAAUUACAGAGGGCUAUGGAAAGUAAAAACUGGUAAGAAGGUCCCAGUUGAAAAGGUGCGAGACUUUUUAUCAAAACAAGAUGCAUAUUCUUUACAUAAACAAGUGAGAAUAAGAUUUCCUAGAAAUAGAGUGUUUGUCACCAGACCUCUAAAACAGUUUCAAGCAGAUAUUUGUGAUAUGCAGAGUUUGUCCAAAGUAAAUGACGGUUACAAUUAUUUAUUAACCAUUAUCGAUGUAUUCUCCAAAAGAGCCUACAUCAGGGUUUUAAAAAGGAAAACAGCGUCUGAUGUCGUAAAAGCUUUCGAGUCUGUUUUAAAGGAGAGUGAUAUUUCUAAGAGACUUCAAACUGACGACAGUAAAGAAUUUUUCAACAAAUUAUUCAAAGCGUUAAUGGAUAAAAAUGGUAUUGAACAUUUUUCCACGGCUAGUGAAAUAAAAGCCUCGGUGGUUGAGAGGUUUAUCGUACGUUGAAAUCGAGAAUGUGGAGAUAUUUUACAGCAAACAACGCUCUCCAAUAUGUAAAUGUGCUUCAAGAUCUGGUCAAAAGUUACAACUAUAGCUAUCAUUCGAGUAUUAAAAUGGCCCCUGUGGAAGUCACCGCUAGUAACGCUUUUUAGGUGUUUCAAAAUUUGUACGGGACUAAUUCCAAACGCCGUACAAAACUCAAGAUGGCAUUUAAGCAAGGCGACAUGUCAGGAUCUCCAAGGUACGCAGAGUGUUUGACAAAAAAUAUGAACAGAGUUUCACAGACGAAAUCUUUACAGUUACAGAAGCGUUACAGCGAUCACCUCCCGUAUUCAGGCUGAAAGAUUUAGACGGAGAGCCCGUUCGAGGUUGUUUUUACACUGAGGAGCUUCAAAAGGUAAAAAUGUCAAAAAACAAAACGUAUCAAGUGGGUGAAAUAUUGGGCAAACGCACCGUUCGUGAAAUCCAAUGACCUGCGUGAUGUAUAAAACAAGGCGCUGCUCUCCGGAGGUCUGAUAUUGCACCAUGGAUUGCAUAGCCCAGGACCAGGGGUUUCAUCUGACGCUACCAUUCAAUGCAAGCGUUGACGUUUUUAAGGAUAAUAGCAUAUCUAGUUUCCGGGUGGAUUUAGCCAAGCCUAUUAAUUCACAAGGUCAGCGGCAAGUGGCUUUGACGGAGGUUUCGUACCCUCACACAUGGCAUAACGUCCCCUCAGAAAAUGCUUAUUUUGAAUGCCGGAAAGCGGACCAGGAAAAAGUCCAGCGCGUACAGAUUGGAAGCAGAUACUACACUAAUUUGAAUCAGUUUAUCACAGAGAUUGAAGCCCAUCUGAGAAAGAUAGAUUCAGAUAUUUAUUUUAGUUAACCGCACAGCCAACAUACUCACAUUCCAAGCUGGAGCUCAGAACCACCUACGCUUUCCCGCUCCAAUCGCAGACAUGCUUGGAAUGGAACACGGAAAAUGGGUCAAAUUCGACCACUGGCACGCCCCUCGCCCUAUAGAUUUUACACAGAUGGUGGGUGAUAUUCAUGCACCGCUAUUGCGAACCGUCCAGGUCCGAUGUAUAUUUGGAGAUGUUAUAACUGAAAUCUUCCAUAAACCCCACUAUAUUCCUGUUGCCAAGAAACACAUUGAAAAUAUACAAGUUGAAAUAAAAACGGAUUAGAACACCCCAGUGAAAUUUACAUACGGAAAGUGCAUUGUGAAGCUGCAUUUCAGACCUGCGGUCUCACACAGAACGUUUAGAUGAAAAACAGAUUAGGCAUAUUAAAAAAACACAGGACUACGGCUGGAAUCAUUCAUAGCUGUGCAACCAAUCACACCGGCAACGUUGAAGCGUGGUAAAACGUGAGAAGGAAGAAAAAGAAUCAAGAAAACAUGGUUUUCCUGAGAGAGGACCCACACCGUUUCGUCUCCUAUUACCAGAGCCAGGUGGGCGGCGCUUUACCCGGUUUCUAUGGCGCACCCGUUAUGUAUGGACUUGGGAUAGGAUCCAUAUUUUCAAAAUUAUUUCGUUUCGUAUCACGCCUAGUUAAAUCCGGGUAUGCUAUUUCAAAACCCCAUUUGAAAAAGGCGGCUACAAACAUCGCCUCUGACGUCUUAGGUAAAGCAAUGACCAAGAUAACCGGGUCGCACGGGGGUGUGAAUAACCAAGAGGGGUCAGGGGUCAUGGUUUUGUCAAGAAGAGCUAGAAAGAGACCUUCAGGGAAACGUGUUUGAAGUUCACAAAUAGAAGAACAAGCCAGUUCGCCAGAGGAAACCUAGGAGGAGGAGCAAGCCUGCUGCGAGCAAGGAUAUAUUUAACUGAUUUAGUAUUUUCAGUAAAAAUCAUGGCUCUUUUACAUCAGAAAUCAUCAGAAUGCACCCUGGCUGAACUCGACCUAUUCACCGUCCCCAUGACUCAACAAUCUAUCGAAGAUAAGGUCUACACCGAAAUACUACCUGUGUCUGCUAUUACAGACUAUUACAAGCCAAUUGAGUUCUUUAUCCCUGGGGAUGGAGAAAAAUAACUGGAUUUGAAUGACACCUUACUGCACGUCCGUCUAAAGAUUACCAACGCUGACGGAAGCAACCUAGCUAAUGAUGCAGCCGUCGGACUCAUAAAUUACCCACUGAAUACAAUGUUCAGUCAAUGUGACGUUAUUCUGGGAGACAGGUUAAUUUCACAAAGUAGCGCGACAGCAAUAAUUGAAACUUUGCUCAAUUAUUCGGUGAAACGUGAAAACAUAUUUUGUCCCAGAAAAUUCCAGGAUAUGUACACAGGAAAAUCUGUUUUUGGGUACCAUGCCGAAAUAUGUAGCUUUUAGGUAUGGUCAACCACGAGGCGUUCACAGGCAGGAGAAGUAUGUCCCCUUUAAACUUUAAGCAUAUGGAUGUAAAAUAUUUAGCUCUCUGCAAAGACGGUAGACAGGUCCCAGCCAAAGCGUUUCAACCUCAAUUCAACGAUGGUAUUUCAGUCAGGGAAUAUUACAUGUUCACCGCUACAGGUCCUAAUUUAUAAGACCUUCCUUUAAGCAUUGCUCGUGAGGAAUUUAACAAUGGUUACUCCCUGUUCGUUUUUAAUCUCAAUGCAAGCGAGGACGCUGAAGCUCUGUCACCAGUGUGUAAUGGGAAUUUGAGGCUUGAAAUGAGGUUCAGAGUUCCUUUACCUCACACGACUACCCUGAUUGUGUACGCGUGUUACGAUUCGAUUUUGGAAAUCGACUCAAGAAGGCAGGUCCUGGUGGAUUUUUAUUAAAAACAUGAAUAACCACGAGAUCGAGAGUUUGAUGCAUCACCUGCUGGGGAACUUAUUUUACGGCGUCUGGGCAUCUGAUCAGCUUGCGCUACUGAAACGCACGUACAAAGGACCCGCCUAUUUCAUCGUUAACACUCAUCUUUCACACAUGCCUGGAGAACACUGGCUAGCUUUGACUUUGGAAGAGAAUGAUCGAGCCACCUUUUUCGACUCUUACGGAUUCAGUCCUGAUUUUGAAUUUUAUCCAUCAAGCAUAGUGACAUUUUUGAAAGAUAGAUCCUCGAAAAUAUUGUAUCAUAUUCAUCAACUUCAAGACACUAUCCGUUGUGUGUGGUCAUCAUUGUGUUUAUUAUCUGUGUCAUAAAGCCUGUGGGCUUUCGGUCCAUGAAAUAUUGGCUACCUAUGACGAUGUUUAUAAAAAUGAUGUCAUGGUAUAUAAUUUUGUGAAAGAAUAUCAGCAAUGUAUCAAAAACAGGGCCUUAUGCUUGUUUGGAACUUGUUCUUUACAAAUGUUUAAAGAUUGUUACAAGCUGUAACUUGUCAAAAAAAACAACAACACUGUAUG